UGCGCUGGCGCGGGAGGCGGUGGCGGUCGCUGUGGCUUUCCCGGGGAAUUGGGGUCGGCAGUCUUGGGUAAGACUAUGUCUUCGUUUGUGACUGAAGUGCUGGCGCAUUCAGGACGUCUGGAGAAGGAGGAUCUAGGCACUCGGAUCGGUCGCUUGACCAGGAGGGUGGAGGAGAUCAAGGGUGAGGUGUGCAGCAUGAUCAAUAAGAAGUACAAUGAAUUCUUGCCCAGCAUGCAAAGUGCCCAGGACUUGGUAACCCAGGUCGAUGAGCUAUGUGAUGACAUUGAUCUGCUGAAGUCCAGGGUGGAGAGUGAGGUACAACAGGACCUUCAUGUAUCCAUUGCGGAAUUUACACAACUGAAGCAGCAGCUGGAAAGAGACACGGUGGUUCUGAGUAUGCUUAAACAGCUUCAAGAGUUUUCCACUGCCAUCGAAGACUAUAAUUGUGCCUUAUCAGAGAAGAAAUAUGUUGCUGCUGCUCAGCACUUGAAAAAGGCACAGAACUGCUUGAAGUCGUUAAAAUCCAGGAAAGGCUUUGAAUUACAGAUUUUCAAAUCCCUCAGUGUGGAGCUCACAAUCCAAAAGCAGAACAUACUCUACCACCUUGGGGAGGAGUGGCAGAAGCUGGCUGCAUGGAAGCUUCCUACAUCUAAAGUUAGCAGCUUGGAAUCUGUCCUACAGACGGAACUUCACUUGUGUACCGAACCUUCUCAGAAAGAAGAUGAAGCUCCCUCCCCUCCUAUCAGUUCUAUACUGUUGGCAUUUGCUCUUGUUGGCGAGCUACACACCAAACUUAAAUCCUUCAGCCAGUUGCUGCUGAAGUACAUCAUUAGGCCCCUGGUAUUUUAUCCAUCCCUCCAUGCUCUGAUUGAUACCCAUCCUGAUACAGUUGUCUUUCGAUUUGAAUCUGUAGCGACUGAGUUGGAACAUUCAUCUCCACCUGAGGUAUUUACAAAGAUCAGACUGGUGCUGGAAGUUCUUCAGAAACACCUGCUGGACUUGCCUCUUGGUGAUGAUUUGGAAGAUGAAAAAUUAUCUAAGAUUGUAUUGGCAGAGAUUGUGGGUGACAUGAUCUGGGAAGAUUUGUCUGAGUGUCUCAUUAAGGAUUGUUUGGUUUAUUCCAUUCCAACAAACAGCAGCAAAUUAGAACAAUAUGAAGAGGUGAUACAGUCCACUGAAGAAUUUGAAAAUGCUCUUAAGGACAUGAGAUUUUUAAAAGGAGAUACUACUGAUUUGUUGAAAUAUGCCCGUAAUAUCAAUUCUCAUUUUGCUAACAAGAAGUGCCAAGAUGUGAUUGUGGCAGCUAGAAACCUAAUGACUUCAGAGAUUCACAAUACUGUAAAGAUCAGUCCAGAAGCUAAGAUAGUUUUGCCGGAAUUACCAGCCCCUGAUGAUGGUAAUGGGCUCAAAAUGCAAAAAGCUUCCAAAAGUCUGCACAAUGAAAUGAUGAAUCUAGACACUGAAAAUAAACUGGGUGAGCAUUCUUUCUCUUUGCCAACAUGCCGAAUCAGUGAAUCUGUGGAAAAACUGAUGGAGCUGGCCUAUCAAACUUUAUUGGAAGCAACAACUAGCAGUGAUCAAUGUGCCGUUCAGCUUUUCUAUUCAGUGAGGAAUAUCUUUCAUUUGUUCCAUGAUGUUGUGCCAACAUAUCACAAGGAGAAUCUUCAGAAACUUCCCCAGUUGGCUGCCAUUCAUCACAACAACUGCAUGUUCAUCGCUCAUCACUUACUGACCCUAGGGCAUCAGUUCAAGUUACGCCUUGCCCCUGUUCUUUGUGAUGGCACCACUACUUUUGUGGAUCUUGUACCAGGUUUCAGAAGACUUGGGACAGAGUGUUUCCUGGCCCAGAUGAGGGCACAGAAGGGAGAGCUUCUGGAACGACUAUCAAGUGCAAGGAACUUUUCAAAUAUGGAUGAUGAAGAUAACUAUUCUGCAGCAAGCAGAGCAGUUCGGCAGGUAUUACAUCAGUUAAAAAGACUUGGAGUUGUGUGGCAAGAUGUGCUUCCAGUAAAUAUAUAUUGCAAAGCUAUGGGGACCUUACUUAACACAGCCAUUGCUGAGAUCAUCAGCAGAAUCACUACCCUAGAGGACAUCUCUACCCAAGAUGGCGACAGAUUGUACUCUUUAUGUAGAACAAUAGUGGAAGAAGGACCCCAGGUAUUUACACCAUUACCUGACGAAAAUGAAAAUAAGAAAUUUCAAGAAGAGGUUCCCGUCUAUGUGCCCAAAUGGAUGCCGUUCAAAGAGUUGAUGCUGCUGCUGCAAGCAAGUCUGCAAGAAAUUGGAGAUCGGUGGGCUGAUGGGAAGGGUCCCUUGGCAACUGCCUUCUCCUCUGGUGAAGUGAAGGCUUUAAUCCGGGCCUUGUUUCAGAACACGGAAAGAAGAGCAGCUGCCCUUGCUAAGAUUAAAUAACCCUGUCUUCCAAUGAAAGCCACACCAUCAGUGUAAGGAAUCUUCUUCUGGCAUAAUAACUUCUGCCAUUCUCUGGAGAUACCUAUUAAUUUUGAUGAACUUCCUGCCAGAAUAUCAUGGAAUUUGACUUUAUACAAAGACUGUCCUAUAUCCCUGGCCUGAAUGAGAUUUGGCAGAAAAUGUGCCACAUCAGCAAGACAAGAGAUGGAGUGGAGCAGGGCGUCUCAGGGGACUUCCUGUUAUCUGCAGGAAAAAUAUUAUUUCCUUCUGCUUCCAGGGCCUUUUGGGAGCUGUGUCCCAAGAGGAAGUGGUCCCUGAUUCCAGACCAGGAAAUCAGGGACAUUAACUUAGUGGGGAACUGGCAUCCAACUUCCCUGUGGGAAGGAUAUUUUUUGAAGGGAGUUUACAGCACCUUAGUUGGCCUAACAUUACUAAGUGGACUUCCUGCAUAUCACCUUUCCAAUAAAUGACACUUUUCAGAA